AUGGGCGUGAUCCCAUCUGAUAAGUACGACAGGAUUGGGAUCCUUGAGGUCCUUGAGGUCCUUGAAGUCCUUGAAAUCCUUUUAAAGUCUCGCAAGAAGUGGAUGGACAACCUGGACGCCAUGGGAAGUAGCUUGGACCUGAUGCAAACUGGACUCCAGAUAAUUUGGCCGCUCAGGCCUGGUACGUCGAAGGUGGAUUGGUGCGAGGACAAUUACACCUUUUCUCCCAUUGUCGCCGAGUUGGUCAACACUGUGAGCAAUCUGCUAUUCUUGUUGCUUCCUCCCUUGUUGAUAUUCCUCUUUCAACCGUAUGGAAAACUGAUCCAAAAAGAGAUUCACAUCAUCUGGAUCCUCCUCUUCGUGAUCGGAGCUGCUUCUGCCUACUUCCACGCCACGCUCUCGCUGCUUGGGCAACUCUUGGAUGAGUUGUCGAUCCUCUGGGCGGCCAUCAUUGGGACAACCAUCUGGUUCCCCUCCCGUCUCUUGCCGAACAAAUUAUUGCUGGAAAACCGGCGAUUAUUCCGUUUCCUGGUGGCUGGAAUCGGGCUGGUGUGUUCUGUGCUGUGCUGCAUCCAUCCUCCCUUCAAUGCAUUUGCCCUUCUCAGCCUCGUCACACCUGGCAUGGUGCUUCUUUAUGGAGAACUCCGACGGUGCCACGACAGUCGAGUCGUUCGUCUGGGGAUUCGCUCCACGAUAACCUGGGUGGUGGCCAUCAUGUGUUGGAUCAACGACCGGGUGUUCUGCGACGUGUGGUCCUCGGUGCAGUUCCCGUACCUGCAUGGGGCGUGGCACAUCCUCGUCUGCAUUGCCGGGUACUGCUCGUGUGUCCUGUUUGCUUAUUUCUACGCCGUGGAGGAGUUUCCGCAUCGGACCCUGACCCUGGAGUACUGGCCAAGUCCACGCUUCCCCGAGCUUUUCUCCGUCCCUUACAUCAACCUCAACAAGGGACGACUCCAGAAGAUCGUCUGAUCUUCUGGGGUUUUUUUUAUGUGAUUAUACUCAUCUCUGAUUCCCUGAAUACAGGGAAUUUAUUAUAUUUUCCUCCAGAUGGAGCUGUGGGAGUCCUCAGUUAUUGUUUCUUCUUUUCAAGCAUUCCACUCAAAUGUUUCCAUGUUUAAUGUUUGAAUUUCCCAUAAACUGGAAAAAGUUGUAAUGCGGGAUUUCAGCCUGCAGAAAAACCAAAAAAAAACCUCGUAUUUGUGUUCUAGUCAAGAUGUGCCCCGGUUGUUUCCCCCUGUCCCUACUCUCUCGUUUUUUUUCUACUUUGGCUUUGCACUGUUGUUUUUUCAAUGCCUCUUGCACCAAGAAGUCUGUGCCUUUGCCAUUUGCUGUCGACGUUCGCAGGAAAGCAUUCCGCUGGAAAAGUUUUGCCUCGACCACGUCUGAGGUUCGAGACAGAAUUCUCAUAUCCUGGUUCGGAACGUCUUGGUUCGAAUCUCCCGGAAGUACAAAUUUGGAAUCAAUAAGGCAUUGCUGUCUGGGUUGUGAGGAAAGGCAGCUUCUGUCGUUUUAUCAAAUCUCUUUGCGCUCAGGGGCAUGAGAACUGUUGAUACUAUGCAAAAUAUUUAUUUGAAACACAGGUUUUAGGAGUCAAGAAACUCUCGAGGGUCUGUGUCUCUCCGGUUUUUCCACUUGUGAUUGAUGGUUUUUUCCUCUUGCAUCAAAUACGCCGUCGUCCCAUCCAAGCAAUUUGUUGUUUGUGGAAGUCCAUUAUUACAUUUGCAUUACUAUUUGUAGUUGUCCAGUGCACCAUUUGUCACCCUUUGUGAGGAGCUGGUGUCUUUUGUGUGAAUUGUGGUGAUGCAAUUUUUUUUUUUCCCUAAUUAUUUCCACCAAUUUUUUAUUUAUUUCAAAGCAUAUAUGCACGUUUGCCAUGUGAGGCACCAUUCCAGGGAUCAGUGCCAAAGCUUUCCCUUUUUUUCCCCCAAUACUGGUGAUGCAAACUUCCGAUUUGCUCGUGAUGCUGGGAGAAGAUCUGCACCAGUGCGGCCAUUAUCAUCGAUGUGAUCGUGACCAAAGUUCCCCCAAACGGCAUUCAAGGUUUUCGUUUGUUUAUUUUUUCCCACCUCUUUGUGUUUCCCAAUAAACAAGUGAUUCUACAA